CAAGAAAAAUAAUUUAAAAAAACAUUUAUCCAUUAAAAAGAUUUCUAAAAGUUCAGCGCGAAAAAGUAAAAAAUUUCGCCCGUACUUUCGUCUCAAUUUUUGUUUUCUCUGAACUUUUCUUUACUCAUUUUGACGAAAAUUACACUUUAUUACUGACAAUAAGUGAGAAUGCGCGGUCGCAUCGCCAUGGCAACCGUAUAGGAUCCUUUCAUACGCGUCCUUUCGCAAACCUCAACUUGAAAGAAGUGGAAGCUCGUUCCCUCCCUUCGUCCUAUCAUCGUCUUAUCGUCGACGAGCAAGGAUCAUGAAUGACUGCCUGUCAUUGAAUGCGACAGCCGGUCGCGUCGCUCACUUGGCGCGAGAAAAAGAGGAGAAACGUGUACAAGAACGUCGACGUCAUCUCCUUUAUCUUAUCACUGCCUUUUUGCGGGAGCAGGGUUAUUCCAAUACCGCGGAGAGUCUUUUUAAAGAAGCUCAACUCUCCCGAGACGUUCACGUGUGCGACAAUAUUGAUUUGGAAACUAUCAUUCUCGAGUACACCGAUUAUCAUUACGCCAAGUACAACAGAUAUCCUAAGUUGUGUAAGAAGACGGAAGUCGGGAACGUGGCUCAAAAUACUGUGACACACAACAACAACAACAAGAGAGAAAGAGUUUCAAAAGUCUCUUCGAAGCAAGAAGAUAGUCGCGUUACCGAGGAAUGUAGCAAUAUCGGCAAAAAUAAAAACGUGCAGCAGAAGCUGUAUGGACAAACCGCUUCCAACGAGUGGAACGAGUUGAACCUUGGUAUCACGGUAACACCAAUCUUUCCCGCGGAAAGUGGCGAUCGAGUUGCUGUACAAAUGCCAAUGUUCGGCGAAACUUUUGCCGACAAUGAGAGACCACUGAAACCUAUCGGUAAUCUUUAUCCGAUAGGUUCUGAACUAAAAGAAAUUGCGGAUAUUAUAUCACGGGAAAUAGUGCAACAAAACUUGAAUAUUCAUUGGGGUGACAUAAAGGGACUAAGAGACUGCAAGAUGUUGUUGAAAGAAGCUAUACUUUAUCCUAUGAAAUAUCCAAGCUUGUUCAGUGGAAAACUCGGUUCUUGUAAAGGCGUAUUAUUAUAUGGUCCACCGGGAACCGGUAAGACGAUGCUUGCGAAAGCAGUCGCUACUGAGUGCCAAUCGACUUUUUUUAACAUCACUUCCAGCUCAGUAAUCAGCAAAUGGAGAGGCGAUUCGGAAAAAUAUAUUCGCGUGCUCACCGAUCUUGCUAAACAUUAUGCACCAACAAUAAUUUUUAUCGACGAGAUCGAUUGGACGACCACGAAAAACGUGGACGACACCUCGUCAAGUUCGGAACCUGCAAGAAGAUUUCGAGCGGAACUUCUCGCUAGAUUGGACGGUUUAUUAUCAAUGGAACACACAAAUGUAAUAUUGUUAGCCGCUACAAACGUCCCAUGGAACAUAGACGUCGCCUUGCUACGACGUUUAGAAAAACGGAUUUUUGUAGAUCUACCUGACGAAACUAGUCGAUUGGAAAUAUUACGAUCCUACGUGCGCAAUGAUCUGUGCAACUCGCCGGAAAUACUCAAACUCGCACAAGAAACUGUAGGAUACUCUUGCGCAGAUUUGAAAUUGAUGUGCAAAGAGGCGUGGAUCAAUCAAUUACGGCCAAUUUGGGCGAGUCUCGAAGCUAAAGCAAUUUCUCUGAACGAUAUUCAAAACGACGGUUUGAUCAAUGAAAUUAAUCAUAUUAUGCUUGCUAAACCCAUAGUAAAACCUAUCGGCAAACAUAUGAAUGCACAAUAUAUGCAAUGGCAUAAAGAAUUUGGUUUCUCAAAAUAAGUGAGAUAAAUAAUAAGAUAACUUAGUUCUUCUUAGCAGAAUUGUAAUAAGAAACGGAUGUAUCCAUAAGAUAAUAAAUAGAUCAAUUUUUUUACCAGA